GCGCAUCGCGGUUAUUUACUUUCCGGUUCAGUAAAUAGUCCUUGUGCAGAUCGAUUUAGAUGGAAGGGGCGAGUCCUGGUUAGACGGGUUAAUGGUAGGUUAAACGUAACUGAAAGACUAACUUUUUUAUUUUUAUUAUUAUUAUUAUUAUUAUUAUUAUUAUUAUUGAAAAGAGAAACAGCUACAGCAACAGGCGCCUGAGAUGGCAGAGCCUGAAUGCACAGAAACUUCCACCGAAGAGCUUAAUGUGAAACAAGGGGAGGAGGCAGCAGUGGAGGAUGAACAGCCUUGGGAGGAAGACAUUGAGGAAGAGGAAGAGGACGAGGAGGCACUGCCUCACUCGGAAUUCUUGGAUAUCUUUGAAGAAGGAUUGGCCCUCUUAGUGCAAGAUCCCCUUCUAUGUGACCUGCCCAUUCAGGUGACCUUAGAGGAGGUGAACUCCCAGGUGGCUCUGGAGUAUGGCCAGGCCAUGACUGUCCGCGUGUGCAAGGCUGAUGGAGAAGUCAUGCCCGUGGUGGUAGUGCAGAACGCCACGGUUCUGGAGCUAAAGAAGGCCAUCCGCAGGUUUGUGGAGCUGAAGCAGCAACGAGAGGGCGGAGUCCAGCACAUCAGCUGGAGGUACAUGUGGCGGACAUACCACCUGGUGUUCAAGGGUGAGAAGCUGGAGGACGACAAGACAAAGCUGAAAGACUAUGGGAUACGGAACCGGGAUGAAGUGACCUUCAUGAAGAAGCUGAGGAGGAAGUGAACGCUGGUGAGGUAUCACUUGCCGUGCGUCUCUGGAACCUGGAUCUCGCAUGUGUCCCAUCGUCUGACUUCAGCACUGUCGCGUUUCAAGUACAGAAAACGGAGGAGCCGCUGGACUACUGACGUUCUGCUCCAGACCGCCGGACAGCAUCUAGAAACGCGUUGAAAGACACAGGGAGCCUUGUGCUGCUGUGACAUUGUGUAUAUCACUUUUGUAUUAAAUUUUUUAUGCUAUGAGGCUGUAACAGACAUUUUUUGGUAAAAAAACAUCCAAUGUAAAGUUUGAAAAUUUUAAUAAAACUUUUAAAAAGUUAA